UGCUCGGCCGGUCCGUCCGUCCGUCGGCCCUUGCUGCCUUGCGCCCCGAGGCCAUGGAGCUGGCAGACGGCGUGGUGUACCAGGAGGACCCGGGUGGCCCCGGCCCGGCCAUGAUGUCGGAGCGGGUGUCGGGUCUGGCGGGCUCUAUUUACCGCGAGUUCGAGCGGCUCAUCGGGCGCUACGACGAGGAGGUGGUCGCCGAGCUGAUGCCGCUGGUGGUAGCCGUGUUGGAGAACCUGGACUCGGUCUGCGCGCACAGCCAGGAGACUAGCGUGGAGCUGGAGCUGCUGCGGGAUGACAACGAGCAGCUCCUCACUCAGUACGAGCGGGAGAAGGCGCUGCGCAAACAGGCCGAGGAGAAAUUUAUUGAAUUUGAAGAUUCUCAAGAACAAGAAAAAAAAGAUCUGCAGAUAAGAGUAGAAGCUUUAGAAUCACAAACCCGGCAGCUUGAACUAAAAGCAAAAAACUAUGCUGAUCAAAUUAGCAGACUGGAAGAGAGGGAAGCAGAACUGAAGAAGGAAUACAAUGCUCUUCAUUCAAGACAUACAGAGAUGAUUCAUAAUUACAUGGAGCACUUGGAAAGAGCCAAACUUCAUCAGCUGACGGGGGGUGAUCAGCUAGAGCCCAUCAUGCACAGUAGAAUUAGAAAGGAGCCACCUAUAUCACUGGGCAUCUUCCCACUACCUCCGGGAGAUGCACUUCUUACACCUGAUACUCAGAGAGGAACAGUGGAAACUCCUGGGUCCGAUACUUGGAAGUUCCGAGAACUAAGUCAGCCACGCUCUCGCACCAGCCUAAAGGAUGAAAUUUCUGAUGUUAGCCAAGCAGGUUCCAAAUCUACUACGCCAGUCUUAACUGCUGCUUCAGAUGUGCUUGCACCUGCUGAAUUUCCCCUAAAUGAAGAUAAGGAAAGGCUUGUGAAGAACUCUGAGACAGAGGACAAGAAAUUGGAUCUCAGCAAGCACAUUGAAGUGCAAGUAGCCCAAGAAACCCGAAGUGUAUCCAUUGGUUCUAAUGAAAAUGAAGACAAAUCUGAAGUUCAGGCAAUCAUUGAAUCCACUCCAGAAUUGGAUAUGGAUAAAGACCUUAGUGGAUAUAAAGGUUCAAGCACUCCUACCAAAGGCAUAGAGAACAAAGCAUUUGAUCGUAAUACAGAAUCACUUUUUGAAGAAUUGUCUUCUGCUGGCACUGGUCUGAUUGGGGAUGUGGAUGAAGGAGCAGACUUGCUGGGAAUGGGUCGUGAAGUGGAAAACCUUAUUUUAGAAAACACACAACUGCUAGAAACCAAAAAUGCCUUGAAUGUGGUGAAGAAUGACCUAAUAGCAAAAGUAGAUGAACUAUCCUGCGAGAAGGAUGUCCUGAAAGGAGAGCUGGAAGCUGUAAAACUAGCCAAACAAAAGCUUGAAGAGAAAAAUAAGGAGUUGGAAGAAGAACUUAGAAAAGCCCGCGCAGAAGCAGAAGAAGCGAGGCAAAAAUCAAAGGAAGAGGAUGAUAGUGAUAUUCCUACUGCUCAGAGGAAGCGAUUUACUCGGGUUGAGAUGGCUCGUGUCCUCAUGGAAAGAAAUCAGUAUAAAGAGAGGCUGAUGGAGCUCCAGGAAGCAGUGCGAUGGACUGAGAUGAUACGGGCAUCAAGAGAAAAUCCAGCCAUGCAGGAGAAGAAGAGAUCAAGCCUUUGGCAGUUUUUUAGCCGGCUAUUUAGCUCAUCAGGCAAUACUGCUAAGAAGCCAGAACCGCCCGUUAAUGUUAAGUACAAUGCACCGACCUCACACAUUACUCCGACAGUCAAGAAACGAAGCACCACUUUAUCUCAGCUACCCAGCGACAAAUCAAAAGCCUUUGAUUUCCUCAGCGAAGAGACUGAGGCUAGUCUUGCAUCACGCAGAGAGCAGAAGAGAGAACAGUAUCGCCAAGUGAAAGCGCAUGUUCAGAAGGAGGAUGGUAGAGUGCAAGCUUUUGGUUGGAGUCUUCCUCAGAAAUAUAAGCAGGUUGUAAAUGGUGGCGGUCAGAGUGAUAACAAGAUGAAGAACUUACCUGUGCCCGUUUACCUGAGACCACUUGAUGAAAAAGACACAUCCAUGAAGCUGUGGUGUGCUGUAGGAGUGAAUUUAUCAGGCGGGAAGACAAGGGAUGGAGGUUCAGUGGUUGGUGCCAGCGUGUUCUACAAUGAUGUAGCAACUGUAGAUGCUGACAGCAGCAAACAGAGAAGUGCAUCUCAGAGCAGUUUGGAUAGAUUAGACCAAGAACUCAAGGACCAGCAGAAAGAGCUGAGAAAUCAGGAAGAACUAUCAAGCCUCGUUUGGAUCUGUACUAGUACCCACUCUGCUACCAAAGUUAUCAUUGUAGAUGCUAACCAGCCAGGAAACAUCCUAGACAGUUUCAUUGUUUGCAAUUCUCAUGUACUUUGUAUAGCUAGUGUGCCAGGAGCUCGGGAAACCGACUAUCCUACAGGAGAAGAAGGCUCACAAGAACCAGACUCGGGUGUGGUGGACAAGUCAUCGUUGUCUGGCAGUAUGAAUAGCAACAGUUCAGCAGAAACAGACAGUCUGUUAGGAGGAAUCACAGUAGUUGGUUGUACAGCAGAGGGUAUUACGGGACCUUCUUUCCACAGUACCAAUGGUGCCUCCCCUGAGACAAAUAAACAGCCAGAUGUUGCAGUUGAAAAUGAUGCAGUAGAUGAGAACAUCCAGACAGCAGAAGAAGCAACCGAGGCAACAGAAGUCAACGCUGGCUCGGGAGAGGAAGUAGCCGAUAUUGCACAGACUGGUGUAUACACAGAGCAUGUCUUCACGGAUCCUUUGGGAGUCCAAGAUACUGUAGAGGGUUCUCCAGCAUUCCAGCCUAGCAGUGAAUCCGACUUGUAUAAAGAUGUUGCUGUAUUGCCAAAUGAGCAGGAUCUCGUAAGGGAAGAAGCACAGAAAAUGAGCAGCCUUUUACCUACUAUGUGGCUUGGAGCACAGAAUGGGUGCUUAUAUGUGCAUUCUUCAGUGGCUCAGUGGAGAAAAUGUGUUCAUGCAAUUAAACUUAAAGAUUCUAUUCUCAGUAUAGUACAUGUAAAAGGAAUAGUAUUAGUUGCACUAGCGGAUGGAACUUUAGCAAUAUUUCACAGAGGAGUAGAUGGACAGUGGGAUUUGACAAACUAUCACCUCCUAGAUCUGGGCCGACCUCAUCAUUCAAUCCGGUGUAUGACUGUGGUACAUGACAAAGUCUGGUGUGGCUACAGAAAUAAAAUCUAUGUGGUACAGCCGAAAGCCAUGAAAAUCGAGAAAUCGUUUGAUGCACACCCAAGGAAGGAGAGCCAAGUGAGACAGCUGGCUUGGGUGGGAGAUGGUGUGUGGGUGUCCAUUCGUUUAGAUUCCACACUUCGUCUUUAUCAUGCACACACUUACCAACAUCUACAAGAUGUUGACAUUGAGCCCUACGUAAGCAAAAUGCUAGGUACUGGAAAACUGGGAUUUUCAUUUGUGAGAAUCACAGCUCUUAUGGUGUCUUGCAAUCGAUUGUGGGUUGGGACAGGAAAUGGUGUCAUCAUCUCCAUACCAUUAACAGAAACUGUAAUCCUCCACCAGGGACGUUUACUGGGGCUGAGGGCUAACAAAGCCGCUGCAGGUUCUGGCAACCGUCCAGGCAGUGUCAUACGUGUAUAUGGUGAUGAAAACAGUGACAAAGUGACUCCUGGGACCUUCAUACCUUAUUGUUCAAUGGCCCAUGCACAGCUUUGUUUCCAUGGGCACCGUGAUGCUGUCAAAUUCUUUGUUGCAGUACCUGGUGAAGUGAUUUGCCCGCAGGCAGGAGGAGGCCCAGAACUAUCUGGUGAUAAAACGACCCUUUCGGCACAGGAACCGAACAGCCAGGCUCCUUUAAAAUCGAUGUUGGUGAUCAGUGGAGGAGAAGGGUACAUUGACUUCAGGAUGGGUGAUGAAGUGGGUGAAUCAGAACUCCUUGGAGAAGCACUACAAUUGGAGCCUUCUGUAGCCAAAGCUGAGAGGAGCCACCUGAUAGUGUGGCAAGUUAUGUGCAGCAGUGAAUAAGCCCCCCAGGGAAGUGGUUUAAGACUGCAAAAGCUUUUGCAUGUCUUCGGAUUUCGUUUUAUUUUUGUGGAACCUAUUUCACUGCAUAAAGUUUGAGCAUUUCUUUGCCAUUUGCCAUUACAUCACAAACCUUUCAAACCUUAAACAUACAGGAAUUUGCUUGUGCUGUUUUACUGCAUCAGUGUUAUGUAGCAAGAAGAAAUAUUUCCCCCAAACUGACAAAUACAUGCGACUUACUGUAGGCCCUACUGCAAUCUGUAAUAUAAUUCAAUUCCUUCCACUUUUUACCACAAAUUGAGUUCUAAAAUUUAGAACAGAUAUUUUGGAUUCAUCUGCAGAACAUUUAUUGAGUAAAACAGCAAAGUUAUUUCAAAAUUAUCAUAUGAAUUAUAUUCAGGUUAUGUUCUGUGCAUUCACUGAGGGCUAAAACAAACUGUAAGUCUUUGCUUUUUAAUUUCUAAGUUCUGCCAACUUUGUUUACCCUGGAUAUUGAAUGUCCUUUGUUCAUAUCACAAUCUCCCAGAUAAAGAGGAGUUUAUUUAGAAGUUCACUGAUGAUAACGUAAGUUUCAUGUUUAAUUGCUAAUAGCACUGAAAAUGAAAAGUACUGUCCUUAAUAAUAAGAAUUUUAGUAUCUUGGGAGAAUUCUUUCAUAGUGUCCUUUAUUUGAGAUUACUUGGAAAACAACCUGAUUUAAUCUCAAAGGACAUUCUUAGACUGAACGAUUUGCAACCUUCUUGUAUGCUCCUUGAGCUGAGGAGAGGUUAUUUUUGCAUACUGAUCAUCUUAGACUUUAGCUGGUCAAAUUCAUGGCACUUGAUGCAGAAGGACUCAAGCAGGGAGCAAAAUAGUAAAGAGCUUUAACUGCUUAAGCAACCAUGAGGGGAAAAUCAUCCCUAAAAUGCAUUAUUUUUCAUAGCUCAUUUAACUAGUGAAAUUGUAUACGGUAUUUUUCUUCUGUGGACUGAAUAAGGUAGGAGAGGUGCAGGUCACUUGCACUGGUGUAGAGUCACUGAUUUUAAUAGGGCACCAUUACUAUAUAAGCCCUUGUGGUCUACCCCUAAGCUUGAGGAAACAGAGAAAUAACGUCCUGCAACCCAUUCCAUUUGCUCACUAUAAACCUUCUUUUGAGUGUCCCUCCUUUUCUGCAGAUUACCCAAUUGAUGGAAAAGCUAAGUUGAAUGCUACAUUUUUAAUUCCUUGGUGUAUGACAACUUCCCAGCAUUUCAUUUUUUGGAAACUAUGAAUUAAAAUAUUAACAUUCAGCUAGUGCCCACCAAGAGACUCGGCUAUUCCCAUUAGAUGGGAGCAGACAAUAUUUAAAGUGACAGAAUGGAAGAAUUUCAAAAGAGUUUCAAACAACAACAUCACAAAACCAGAAGCAGUCUUGAAAAACUGCCUAAACAGUUUUAUGCAAUAGGAGCAGUUUGUGGUCAGUCAAGAAUACAUGUAUUUAUAUAAAUAUAUAUAUAUACACACAUAUUAAUUUUUUAAAAUCAUGUUAAGCUGAGGUCUAUUGUGUAAAUAUUUAUUUAGGCAGCUUUUUAAAAAAAGAAAUGAGUGUCUUACCUGAUGAAAUAAUCAGUAAAACUCCAUUCAGGUCUAUUGGUUAGAGAUUUAUAUAUAUAUAAACACUUUUUAAACACCAUAUUUUGUACACAGCUGAUAAGUUAUGGUAAGUAUGUAUUUAGACCAUGAAAUGUGUGGUUAAAAAUUAUUGAAUGUCUAAUACCUAGGUAAUGGAUUAUUUUCCCUCCAAUAUGCCAAAAGUGACUAGUGAUCACAAUUUACUCAAAAUUUACAGAUAGCUCAAAAAACCCUGAUCUAACACCUCUAUGAAAGAUCCAGAGAUGCAUGAGACUCCCCCCCCCACCUUUGUUAAGCACUUUUCAAAUAUGGGAGACUUUACAGAUAAAUUUGGAGAGGAUGCUCAGGAAGAAUGUUUGAAAACUUCACUGUUGUCAAGAUAGAUAUUUAGGAUUUUAUACUGCCCUCCAAGUACUGUGAGCUGUAUAUGCAGCUUGUAAUAUUGGGUGUCCAAAUGAAUUGCUUACUGUCUCUUGCAUGAACCCAUCAUCUUUGCCCCCACUGGACUCCUUAUAUUGAUUGGCAUGAUUUUUUGAAAAGUAUUCUCCAGAUCUUUCAUGGAAGGUUGAAUUGCCAUGUUUGCAUACUUGGAAAGAGGUGCAAAAGAUACGUUUUCUUUUCUCUUUUGUGUAGUGCUUUCAUUUUAAAAUGAUUAAUGAGCUAUUUCUCUGAAGUGCUUCACUGCUGUCAGACAACAGAUGCAUCUGGGUAGCAUGUUUAACGACUUGCCAGAUGUAUUGGGUAAACUGUGUCAUUCUGUUCUCAUUGGAUCAAUUGCUAAUUCACAGCUGAAAAGGCAAGCGUCCAGCAGAGACUUCAGCACUAUUAUCAGUGCAAGUGAAGGAUUAGCACACGUUCUCCUGUCCUUGUUCGUUUUGAAAUGUAUCCCCUGUCCUAAGGAAUAACACGUUUAGAAAGUGGGUGUCAGCACCAUUCACUGAGAUUUAUACACUCCCUGUUCCACAGCACUUUUUAACAGUUUGUGGGAAAACGCGCUAAUUCUCAUGCAUCAAACGAUUGCCUAAAAAAAAAAAAAAAAAACAGUUUUGAGAAUGUCUUCUGUAUCACGUACUCAUCGUUCUAAAAUCAGUAGGAAUGAAUCUCUUGAUAAUUAACAGCUUUGUCAAUAGUUUGAGAGAGCAUUUCAAGAACACACACAAAAUAUGCAGCACAUGAUUUGUCUGAGUAAAUGUGUCUUGCAUGGUAAAAGGUCAAAUUUAAGUUUAUAUAUCCUGCCAUAUUAAUUUCUUGUAAGGUCUUCCUGCGUUGGAUCAAGUAGAGCUGGCAGAGUGUAGACACUUUAUCAUAGGCUGCCUUAGUAACUAAGAAAUGUUUUAUAAUCCUGUAAUAUGCUAACUGUUCUAAAGAACAUGGUGUCUUGAAGAUAAUGUUUGAAUAUUUAUUUCCAUGUGAGUAUUAUGAAAGUUACCAAAGGACUGAAACUGACUUGGCACUCUUUUGUUGACCAUGUGCAUCAAGGAUUUUAUAAAGAUCCUGAGUUUGUAAAAAUGACACAGAGUGAAAAACACACUUCUUUGUGGAUGCUAACUUUAUUUUCCUAACGGGGUUAUGCCAUAUUGUAACGACCUAUGUUGCACCUCAAAACACUGUUCUAUACACUAAAUAUUCUCCUUCCUUCUAACAGUUUCAUUACUGCACAUUUCUCAAUCUUUUAAACAUGUUUUAAAACAUUUUAUGGUCAUUAAUUUUUUUGAAAAUGUUGUCUAGACACUUUAUGCUGAAUUUUCCUUGCCUCUGUAACCUUGAGAUGGAUACUGCAGCAUUAAACCUGCUGUCUGUUUAAAACUUGAGGCUUCUUUUCUGUGAGCCAGAAAGCUCAUAUAGCAGUGAAGUUAUUUCAGUAUUUAUUAUUGAAUCCUUGGGGGUUCAGAAUGUAACUUUGUACAUGAAAUAUAUAUAAAUAUGUAUAUGAAACGCA